CUGCCUCGCCUCGCCUGACAUGACAUGACAUGAAGGCUCGCACCCUGCCGGACCCUGGCCUCACACCACCACACCCCUCACCCUCACCACACUCACCAUGCCCGCGCAACAGCAGAAGCGCGUCGCCAUCGUCGGCGCCGGGUGUGCCGGCCUCUCGGCCGCCUACGCCCUCUCCCUCUCGCCCGACGCCUUCGAGGGCACCGUGUACGACGGCGCGCCCCAGGUCGGCGGCUCGGCCACGUCGCACGCGCUCCCGCCCGGCUUCGGCGCCGAGUACCUCAAUGAGGGCGUGCAGGGCGCGCCCGAGACGUUCCGCAACACCUUCAACCUCUUCCACGACGUGCUCGGCUUCCAGAGCAAGGAAAUCGAAAUGCAGAUCAGCUUCGGCAAGGGCGAGAACUUCUGGACCAACAUCUUCCCCACACAGCUCAUCGAGGAGCACAAGGACAACAUCAAGCGUUUCGGCGGCACCCUGUCGACGAUCAAGCGCUUCGAGCCCAUCUUCGCCCUCGUGCCCGUGUCCAAGCUGCUGCCGCUCUUCCGCUACCCGCCGGCGUUCGGCGAGCGCAUCGUCUUCCCGCUCGUCGCCCUCUUCUUCGGCACGGGCAACGAGACGCGGCACAUCUCGAGUGCCAUCCUGGCGCGUGUCUUCCUCGACCCCAGCAUGCGCAUCUUCGACUACUCGCCCGACAGCUUCCUCGCCAGUCUGCCCACCAUGCUGGCGUUCCCCGAGCUCGGACGGCUGUACGGCGCCUUCCGCACUCUCGUCGAGGAGGCGGGCAACGUCAAGGUGCGCACCUCGCGCGCCGUCACUGCCGUGCUGCGUGGUGCUGCUGCACGCAAGGCGGGCGGCGCCAACGUCGUGAUCCGCUCGUGCGCCACCGACGAGGAGGGCAAGCCGACGGGCGAGCAGGAGGAGGAGGAGUCGUUCGAUGAGCUCGUGCUGUGCUGUGACGCCGACUCGGCGCUCAAGAUCCUCAAGGCUGGCUCCGGCCCGAGCUGGAAGGAGAACAAGAUCCUCGGCAACGUCAAGUACUUCUGGGACAUCAGCGUCACGCACCACGACAAGCCAUACAUGCAGAAGCACUACGAGCUCGACCACACGGACCGCUGGAACGCCGACCGCAAGGACAAGGAGACGCAGGAGUCGUUCAAGUGGGCCAAGGAGAACUGGGCGCCGCUCUACCUCAUCGAGGAGGACGAGAAGGACCCGGGCUCCAUCACCAUGUCCUUUGACCUGACGACGUACCAGCCGCAAUUCUACGGCGACCCGGCCGUCGGCAAGGGAGCGCGCCGCACGCUCGAGAAUGCGCCGCCGACGGAGCGCGUGGGCAAGGAUGAGUGGAAGACCAAGGAGCAUCCGCUCAAGGACAUCAAAGAGGGCGAGCAGCCGCGCAUCUACCAGACCAUCUUCCUCGACCGGGACGGCUUCAGCCACCGGUGGAGCCGCGACGAGAUCGACAAGGAGAAGAUUCUGAUGGAGAAGUGGUGGAAGCAGCAGUCGCACCGCUGGCAGCACCUCGUCGGCACGGUGGCGCUCAUGUGGGCCAUCAACGGCACGCAGCACACGCGCUACGCCGGCGGAUGGACACUCGUCAACAUGCACGAGUCAGCCGUCGUCUCGGGCUUCGCGGCCGUGUACCAGCUGGGCGCCAGCUAUCCGUUCGCGCAGGACGAAGAGGCAGCGCGCCUCUUUAAGCUCUACCUCGCACUGGCGCACAUGUCGCGCGCGCGCAAGGAGGACCGUCAGGGUUUCUUUGCCUAACCUCCGCUUCGCACACUGGACUCGCUUCUCACUUAUACACGUCUGGCUACUGCCAACCCACUGCAAUGGAGCACGAUACCCUCG